AUGCCUCCACCGCCCUCGUCCGAACCAGUGCGCCUAGCCCACCUCUUCGUACGGCUACCGAACCAUCACCAGCAGAACGGCAGCAAGCCCACAGCACCACCGGGGCAGAAAGGGGACUCGGGCUCGAACCCAUCCGCCUCGGCCCAACACCGGCUCCCCGCCCCCACCACACCGUCCACACCCACCAAACCCCCCUCCAACCAACCAUCCGCCCACCUCCCCCCAACCCCCACCCCCACCCCCACCUCCACCAAACCCCUCAAGCGCCCCCUCUUCCCCCUCGACCCGGACCCGGAGACCCCAUCCCGCAAGCGCCUCCGCCCCGCCCCUCCCCCAACGCCCCACCGCCGCGCGCCCAAGUUCUCGAUCCUGUACCGCCGCCCGCCGCCGCCGCAAGGGGGGAAAGAGCCCUCGGUCUCCUGGUUGGAGCUGAAGCGCGCGGCCGAGAGCGUCCUGAGGCAGGUCGAUUGGGAGGAGGUCGCGGCGGACGUGGCGGGGAAUCGGGGCGCGGGGUGGUAUAAGCGGGUGGUGAGGGAGGUGCUGCAGGGGAGGAUUGAGGAGCUGGUCGGAAGGGAGGAGGGGGAGGGGGGGGGGAGGUGA